CCACUCUUAUGAUUCUGUAAGCUCAAAGCUCAAUAUAUAUAUACAGAGAGAGAGAGGAGAGGGAGAGAUUGGGAGAGAGAGGGAGGAGAGAGAGAGAGAGAGAGAGAAACGGUGGAUUAAGUGCCAAUUCCACCUUGUCUGAAACCUUUGAGAGGAUCUGGGAGUAGGUUUUAGUUGGUCAUCAUGACGUCGAAAUCAUUUAAGGCGAGUAGGUUAUCCAUGUCGUCGGCUGCUGAUGGACCUGAUUCGCAGCACAAGCCUCCAAUGCCUCCAACUGUGACAUUUGGCAGGAGAACCUCGUCGGGUAGAUAUAUAAGCUAUUCGAGAGAUGAUCUUGAUAGUGAGCUCGGAAGCAAUGACUUUAUGAACUAUACGGUACACUUGCCACCGACCCCAGACAAUCAACCUAUGGAUCCCAUUUCGCAGAAGGUAGAAGAGCAGUAUGUUUCGAGUUCACUUUUCACAGGUGGAUUUAACAGUGUUACUCGAGCUCAUCUUAUGGAUAAGGUGACUGAAUCGGAAGUGAAUCAUCCCCAGAUGGCUGGUUCAAAAGGAUCCUUGUGUGCCAUUCCUGGCUGUGAUGGUAAGGUGAUGACUGAUGAGCGCGGGGUGGAUAUCCUACCUUGUGAUUGUGGUUACAAGAUUUGUAGGGACUGUUAUCUAGAUGCAGUUAAAACUGGAGAUGGAAUUUGCCCUGGUUGUAAGGAGCAGUAUAAGGCUACCGAUCUCGAUGAAGCGGAAGAAGAUAGAAGGCCACUUCCACUCCCACUCCCACUUCCAGCAGGGAUGUCAAAAAUGGAAAGAAGGUUGUCUUUGAUGAAAUCAACAAAGUCACAGCUGAUGAGGAGCCAGACUGGGGAUUUUGAUCACAAUCGAUGGCUCUUUGAAACAAAUGGUACCUAUGGAUAUGGAAAUGCCAUAUGGCCAAAGGAAGGGGGAGGAUUUGUUAAUGGGAAUGGUGAAAAGACAGCUGAUCCAUCAGAUUUGGUGAGUAAACCAUGGAGGCCACUCACCCGCAAAUUAAAGAUACCAGCUGCUGUUAUCAGCCCAUACAGGCUUCUGAUCGUGAUCCGGCUGGUUGUUCUUGCUUUAUUCUUGCAAUGGAGAAUCACUCACCCAAAUAAUGAUGCUAUCUGGCUCUGGGGAAUGUCUAUAGUUUGUGAGUUAUGGUUUGCUUUUUCUUGGGUUCUUGAUCAAAUGCCCAAGCUCUGCCCUAUCAACCGUUCCACAGACCUUAAUGUCUUGAAAGAGAAGUUUGAAAUGCCUAGCCUGAAUAAUCCAACUGGAAAAUCAGAUCUUCCUGGAAUAGAUAUCUUUGUCUCUACUGCAGAUCCAGAGAAAGAACCCCCUCUUGUCACUGCAAACACCAUUUUGUCUAUCUUAGCUACUGAUUAUCCAGUUGAAAAGCUUGCAUGUUAUGUCUCUGAUGAUGGAGGUGCCCUUUUAACAUUUGAGGCCAUGGCAGAAGCUGCAAGUUUCGCUAAUAUGUGGGUUCCAUUUUGCCGAAAACAUAACAUUGAGCCUAGGAACCCUGAAUCAUAUUUCAGUUUGAAAAGGGAUCCAUACAAGAACAAGGUGAGAACAGACUUUGUCAAGGACCGUAGACGGGUGAAGCGUGAGUAUGAUGAAUUCAAAGUACGCAUCAAUGGGCUGCCUGACUCUAUCCGUCGAAGAUCUGAUGCUUAUCAUGCUCGGGAGGAAAUCAAAGCUAUGAAACAACAGAGACAAAGGAGAGAUGACGAACCCCUGGAGAGUAUUAAGAUCCCAAAAGCUACAUGGAUGGCAGAUGGAACCCACUGGCCAGGAACUUGGUUAACUCCUUCAGCGGAGCACACUAAAGGUGAUCAUGCUGGUGUUAUACAGGUCAUGUUGAAACCUCCAAGUGAUGAACCACUACAUGGCACAACUGACGAGAUUGGGACAUUUGACUUGACUGAUAUAGAUAUCCGUCUCCCCAUGCUUGUCUAUGUAUCUCGUGAGAAGCGUCCUGGCUAUGAUCACAAUAAGAAAGCAGGAGCCAUGAACGCCCUUGUUCGAGCUUCUGCCAUCAUGUCUAAUGGCCCCUUCAUUCUCAAUCUUGACUGUGACCACUACAUUUACAACUCCCAGGCUAUGAAGGAAGGUAUGUGUUUCAUGAUGGAUAGAGGUGGUGACCGGAUUUGUUAUGUACAGUUCCCGCAGAGAUUUGAGGGUAUUGAUCCUUCUGAUCGGUAUGCAAAUCACAACACUGUUUUCUUUGACGGUAACAUGCGCGCACUUGAUGGCCUCCAGGGUCCUGUCUAUGUUGGAACAGGAUGCCUAUUUCGAAGAAUUGCACUUUAUGGCUUUGAUCCACCUCGAGCGAAAGAGCACCACCCUGGUUGCUGCAGUUGUUGCUUUGGUCGUAACAAGCAUGCCACCGUUUCUCAUACCCCAGAAGAGAACCGCGCACUUAGAAUGGGUGAUUCUGAUGACGAAGAAAUGAAUUUAUCGCUAGCUCCAAAGAAGUUUGGAAACUCAACUUAUCUCAUUGAUUCAAUACCGGUAGCUGAGUUUCAAGGCCGCCCACUGGCAGAUCAUCCUGCUGUUAAAAAUGGACGACCACCAGGUGCUCUUACCAUUCCCAGAGAGCUUCUUGAUACAUCCACUGUUGCAGAGGCAAUAAGUGUCAUCUCUUGCUGGUAUGAGGACAAAACUGAGUGGGGAGAACGUGUUGGGUGGAUUUACGGGUCUGUUACGGAGGAUGUUGUAACAGGGUAUAGAAUGCACAACAGGGGUUGGAGAUCAGUUUACUGCGUGACUAAACGAGAUGCUUUCCGCGGAACUGCUCCAAUUAAUCUAACUGAUAGGCUACAUCAGGUUCUCCGAUGGGCUACUGGUUCAGUAGAGAUCUUUUUCUCCCGUAAUAAUGCCUUGUUGGCCAGCUCAAGAAUGAAGUUUCUUCAAAGAAUCGCAUACCUGAAUGUUGGAAUAUACCCGUUUACCUCCAUUUUUCUUAUAGUAUAUUGUUUUCUUCCUGCGCUUUCCCUUUUCUCCGGUCAGUUCAUUGUCCAAAGCCUUGAUGUUACUUUCCUGGCAUACCUGUUGACCAUUACUAUCACACUUUGUUUGCUUGCUAUACUGGAGGUAAAGUGGUCCGGCAUUGAAUUAGAAGAGUGGUGGAGGAAUGAGCAGUUCUGGUUGAUUGGAGGCACCAGCGCUCACUUGGCUGCUGUGCUUCAAGGGCUACUGAAAGUUGUUGCCGGGAUUGAGAUAUCUUUCACUUUGACAUCAAAAUCAGGAGGCGAGGAUGAGGAUGAUGACUUUGCUGAUCUCUAUCUAGUCAAGUGGACAUCCCUCAUGAUUCCUCCUAUCACAAUUAUGAUGACGAAUUUGAUUGCUAUAGCAGUUGGAUUUAGCCGUACAAUAUAUAGUUCUGUACCACAAUGGAGUCGCUUACUAGGUGGGGUUUUCUUUAGUUUCUGGGUGUUGGCUCAUUUAUAUCCUUUUGCCAAGGGGCUGAUGGGAAGAAGAGGAAGAACUCCCACCAUUGUUUUCGUAUGGUCAGGGCUUAUUGCCAUCACCAUAUCCCUUCUUUGGGUAGCAAUCAAUCCACCUGAAGGAGCUAAUGAAAUUGGAGGUUCAUUUCAGUUUCCUUGAUGAAUCAUUCUGCAGGCUAUGUCUGUGAACAGAGUAGUUUUACCAAACACAUUUGAUUAUCAAGAAACAUUUAUAAGUCAUUGAUGAACUGAAAAUGCAAGCCGCGCCUGUCUACUUGAAGGAUCGGAUUGGGGUCGAUGUGCUUUCUUUGUUAUUUCUUUAUUCUUUUUAUAUGAUGACAUCAAUUACAAAUUAUUGAAUUACAAUUUCAACUGGA